CCGAGACUUCCUGCGAAGGCACCGGAAGGAGCUCCUUCGGUGCAUGGCCACCCCCUGAUCCAUCUGGAGCUGCUCAUUGAGGAACGGUACCGGCCGGCACCAUGCAGUCAGAUGACGUUAUCUGGGAUGUGCUUGGAAACAAGCAGUUCUGUUCUUACAAAAUGAAAACCAAGACCCAGAACUUUUGUCGAAAUGAAUAUAACCUCACUGGAUUAUGCAACCGUUCUUCCUGCCCAUUAGCAAACAGCCAGUAUGCUACCAUCAAAGAAGAGAAAGGUCAGUGCUACCUGUAUAUGAAGGUGAUAGAACGAGCAGCUUUUCCUAGGCGCUUGUGGGAACGGGUCCGACUCAGUAAGAAUUAUGAGAAAGCUCUGGAGCAAAUAGAUGAAAAUCUUAUUUAUUGGCCUCGCUUCCUUCGGCACAAAUGUAAACAGCGGUUCACCAAGAUCACCCAGUACCUGAUUCGAAUCCGUAAACUUACUUUAAAGCGACAGAGGAAACUUGUUCCCUUGAGCAAAAAGGUGGAAAGGCGUGAAAAAAGACGAGAGGAAAAAGCAUUAAUAGCUGCUCAGCUAGAUAAUGCAAUAGAAAAGGAAUUAUUGGAGAGGCUAAAACAAGAUACGUAUGGUGACAUCUACAACUUCCCCAUUCAUGCCUUUGACAAAGCUUUGGAACAUCAGGAGGUUGAAAGUGACACCUCAGACACUGAAGAGAAAGAUGAAGAAGAGGAGGAAGAAGAAGAUGAUGACUUGAACAAAAGGGAAUUUGUGGCAGAUGAUGAGGUGGAAGAGAGUGACGUCAGUGAUUUUGAGGAUAUGGAUAAAUUAGAAGCUACCAGUGAAGAAGAUGAGGAGAAAUCCAGUGAUGAAGAAGAAAAGGCUGCUACUGCCAAACACAAAGGCAAAGCCCCAUUGAAAGGCCCUGUGAAGAGAAAGCGAGCCUAUGUGGAAAUAGAGUAUGAGCAGGAGACAGAAACAGUGACCAGACCCCAGACUGCCUGAUUGUCUUCAGGCAUUUUGUGUGUUUAAAGGCUUUGUUUUUAAACACACAGUUUUCAUCCAAAUACUCAUACUUUUCUUCUUUGUGAAAGGAUGGAGAAAACCUUAAACUUUGAUCAGGAUUUUCAUGGGAGAGGCAGAUAUUAAAGUAGCAGUUGGGCUGGAGAAUGCUCACAGGUUGGGGAUAAGCUUGUGGAUAGAAACAUUCCAGCGCUUUAGAAUGGCAUAUCAUUUCCCACUUGAUUUCACUCUUGUUGUUUAGUCGUGUCUGACUCUUCAUGAUUCAUUUGGGGUUUUCUUGGCAAAGAGACUGGAGCAGUUCCAUU